AUGGUGCCGCUCAAGGCGACCCUGCAGAAAAUAGGACGUGACUUGUACGAGGCGGAGACGGCGGGAGAUGCUGGCCGGGCGGUGCUGCGGGCGUUGCCAGAGUGGCUGCCGUGGGUGGGCGCCGGUGCCUGCAUCACGGCGUACGUAGUGACGCUUCGUGUGAGGCUGUUUAUUGCCCGCUGGCGCCGUGCGGCGCGGCGGCGGGUGGAGCGGAAAUUCAUGGCGCUAGGCUUCCUGCACGACUACGCCCAGCCGCCGGGGGACUCCUUCACGCUGGUGGGGGACGACGACGAGGACGAGGACGACGGCGACGGCGACGACACCGCCCUCACGAUGGCCGACAUUGAGGAGUUUCGCUGCAGCCUUGGCAUCCGCUCCCCGCGCGACGACGACCUGCUGCUGCUGGUGGAGGAGAUGCUGCUCGUAGACCCCAUUCCCGACGGCUGGGUGCUGUACCGCACCUCCGCCGGCCUCGUGCGCUUCAUGAACGUCAACACGCAGGAGCUCUUCUUCUUCCACCCCGGCAAACGGGAGGAGGAGCGGCACAUACGCGCCGAGCUGAAGCGGCGCAACAGAGUCGUCAUGGAGGCGAAGUUCAACUUCCUCGGCGGCGACGAGGAGAGUAGCCGCCGCUCGGUCAGCAAUUCAUCCUUUGCGCUGCGGAGGCAACGCAUGAAGAAAACCAGUGGCACUUGCAAUGCGUGUGGCGAGAGUGCCAAUGGCGGCAAGGCGACUCUGAGCUUUAGCGACGACGACGACGACGACGAGGUGGACGGCAGGGAUGAACAAUCAACGUUUCGGCGACUGUUUCGCUACUUUGUCGAGCGUGAGGAGCGUAGGAUUGAACGGGAUGUAGAAAAGCAGCUUGGGAUGGCGCCCGCCACCGGCAGCGGCUCUCUGGGGGCGCCGCAGGCGGAGAGUCGCAGCCUGCGCGUGCUUCCAGCGAACGUGGUUCACAGCGGCGCACACCUGAAGCGGGUCAGCGUCAGCUGA